AUGUCCUACUUCCUCGGUCUUUUUAUAAUCCUGUCACCGUGGUGGAUUUUUCGCUCGAAUUUUCUACCAAGUACGGCGGUAGAGUGAGUUCCUUCGUUAUCCAGCCAUACUAUUUGGAGCCAGAAGUGUCAAUUGAGUCAAUCGAUUAUAUGUCGUUCUGUGCGAUAUACUUGCGAGAUUUAUCUCAUAAUCCGAGGAUUAAUUAGAAAAUGUUAGCUAACACCAUUUCGAGAGGAAUCUCUUAUUGGAAAACCUAAAAAAUGUGCGAUACCAUUCGGGUACCGGUAUCGGUCCCUAACCUCAAAUAUGAGCUUGACGUUUACCUCUCCUGACGGUUGGGUCGUCUCUCACUUGGAGUAUAUCAAUGCCGUCUACGAAUCUGUCAGUUGCGGGCCCAAAUUGUGUACCUUGAGCUUUAAUGAUCUGCUGUUUAAUAUUAAUUCCCAGUAUCUGAGACAGAAUCAGAAUGUACAAGCGGAUGAAGCGGAGUCGAGUGCCUCUCAAGCUAGGAAGCGCAAGAGGUCUAAGUCGUAUCCUCAGGCAGAAUCCUCACAGGUGAAUUACAUUAAGCAGGCAUUAGCGAGGAUAAUAGCCUCCGCAAAGGAGAACGGACUGUUCUUAGACCGAACUAUCUGUGAUAACAAUCAGGCUGCACGCAUGGCAUCACGGAAAUUCUACUUAGAUACGUUCCAACACCCUGCACAGAAUUUGCAUGGCUGCAACGAUACCGAUACAGCUAUCAUCACGGAUGUGCACGGAAAGACAUAUGUAUUCCCUAGAAAGUGUUCCUUUUAUUGUUACGAUGUCAGAAGUAUGACCGAGAAGAUGGAACUGAAGAAUCAAUUUGACUUUAUUCUCCUAGACCCGCCUUGGUGGAACAAAUCCAUCAGGAGGAAAAAAGGAAAACAUUUAGAGGCGAGUUACAAAAUGAUGUAUAACGAGGAAUUGAUCAAGAUCCCCAUUGGAAAGUUACUGAGCACCAAAGGAUUGGUAGCGGUCUGGUGUACCAAUGCUCCGAGCCACUUGCGCAGCAUAUCGGAUGACAUGUUCCCUUCGUGGGGUGUAACUUAUCGAGCAAAAUGGUACUGGGUCAAAGUGACAAUGAGAGGUAAUACAGUCUGUGACUUUUAUCCAAUACCAGGAAAACAACCCUACGAGUUGCUGGUACUCGGAUCAGCUUCCGCUAACUCUUUGCUGAACAUUCCCGAUGGAAAGUUAUUAGUUAGUAUACCCAGUGCAGUUCACUCACACAAACCACCCAUCACAGAACUUAUCGGGCCAUACCUUCCAAGUGAGCCAAACUGCUUAGAGAUAUUUGCAAGAUAUUUACUCCCAGGAUGGACCAGUUGGGGUCUCGAAGCGUUGAAAUUCCAACACCUGCCCUUAUACACUGUGUCAGAGAGGAUCGAUGAAGGCAUCGAAGACAAGAGAUCAGUGGAUGUACAAAAUUGAACAUUUAAACUUUCAUACUCCACUUGGCAAGAGCAU